AUGUCUCACCCCGCACGGCGUUUCAAUCCCGCCUGCCGUUACGAGCUGUUGUGGAAGGGCCUCGCCAGUCGCCACUCCAUCGUUCAAUGCUCGGUUACAAAGGCACCCAAUCAGCAAUUUUCCUUUCCGGGAUUGACGACGCGGCCCCGGGUGUUCAAGUCAAGAGCGCCUCACGAGACGAUCGGGCAGGUGCAGCAGCGACGGCGACGGCACCCAGAAGGCGUUCGGCAUCGCGCCAUCAUGCCGACGCUGAUCACUACCGCGAUCGGAAUCGCCUCAGCGCGGAGGGAUCAACACCAUGCCGAGGCGAUUGAGCGACUUUGGUGGUGCGCGCUGCGAGAGAUCAUUCAGGGUCCCGUCCUGCGUUCCGUUAGCACGUGGGCACUUGCUGUGGCCGAAUCUCGGCGCCAAUCGACAGCGCUAAACUUUGCACACCUACACGUUAUCUCGCUGUUAUGUGUCGUGGCGCAAGCCGCCAUGUACCGGUCGGCGUUGCUUCGCCAGCCGUUCCGGGAAGGACCGGUGCUGUAUCACCCGAAUCUCAACAUUUCAGCUAUUCUCAACAACACGCAGGCACACACCCUCCAGUUUACCAAGACCUCCAAAGCCUCCAAGACCUGA